GCUGCUGACAACAGAACACUGAAACAGCUUGCAGUGUCUGAAUUGAAGACCGAAGAGAUUGAUGGUGAACGGAAGGUCAAAUUGGUAAAGAUUGGAAUCGAUGCUAGCGCUUGGAUGCACAGCGUGUGUGCUGUCUUUCAGUUCAACCAUGCAGGAGCUGGAAAGUCGCCAGAGCUGCGAACACUGUUCUUUCGGCUGGUCACACUGCUCAAGCUACCCUUGCAUGUGGUCUUUGUGUUUGACGGCUUGAAACGCUUGCCAGAAAAGGGACGCAUGGUCCGAAACAGCCCCCACUGGCUCACUCAUGACUUCCAGGACAUGUUGGAGCUGUUUGGCUUUCAGUGGACUGAGGCCCCUGGUGAGGCUGAAGCUGAGCUGGCUGUGAUGAAUGUUCACGGUGUUAUUGACGCUGCGAUGACUGAAGAUAGUGAUAUAUUGAUCUUUGGAGCUCCGUGUGUCAUUAGGAGUGCAAAAAAGGACAAAGACUACCUUAAUGUCGAGGUGUAUACAGAAGAUGGUCUCGAGCAUGGUGCCUCUUUGGCCCGAGGAGAUAGAUUACUAAUCGCCCUACUAGCAGGUGGAGAUUACGAUGAAGGAGUGUCUGGUUGUGGCAUCAAGAUCGCACACAAGGUCGCACAGCAGAGCAGAAUCGGACAGGAUAUGCUGCGUGCAUUCCUUUCAAUGGCACCAGAGGAGUUCUCUGAGCGGGCCAAGGACCUUGUCAGGGAACUGCGCUCCAUGCUUGCAACUGACCCUUACCAUUUCCUUGGACGUCGAUACAAGGCCAUCGCAGAUUCUAUCCCACUCAAUUUUCCCCGACGUGAAGUCAUCAGCAAGUAUGUCCAUCCUACGACAUCUUUUUCAGCUACCGGUGCACUCGCAGUACAGGAUGUGUCGUCCUGCCAGCCACACCUUGCAGAUCUCGCAGACUUCUGCAGAGUGCAAUUUGGAUGGGAUGAUGAUGCGAUUAUUGAGAGGAUGUAUGGUGGAAUAUGGGAGGGCGCCUACCUCCGCACCUUAUGCAAGGUAAGGAUCACCUUGUUCAUUGACAGCUGCUAA